AGCACGAUGUAAUAUCUGUUGAUAUUCAAAAUAAAAUAAGAACGUUUCCUUUCUAUAUGAACGUCCGUAAAUUAUAAAGAUUUGAGAAAAUAUAUUAAAUCAACUUUCAACAAUAAUUGUAAAGCGUAAAGACACUUUUUUUAAAGUCGGAAUUAAGAUUUAAGGACUGCUAAAAAUGGAUCAGUUUCUACUUUCGUUUAUUGUAGCGUUCGCAUUGCUUUGUGUCGUGUCGUCCACAUCAGAGAAGGGAGACGAUUCUGUUGACCUAACCGGAACAAUCAGGACGUUUGUUGAAACCCUACUGAACGAUAACAAAAGGAAAGAUAAUACAGACAAUAAUGACGAAGACUUGAGGGAAAGAGUCGAAUACCUUGAAAACAAAGUGACAGCUAUGGAUACAAAGCUAGUGGAGCAAAUCAAUACUAUUGCUGAUUUACAAAAUGUUAUACAAAUGCUGCAUAAAAAUAGAAAAGUGAACCUUGGAAUGGAAACUAAAGGUAUUACCGAGAAUAUAACUGAAGACAACUUCAGAAAAGCUGAAAACAAUAAUGCGAUAGAAAGAGGAUCUCUACCUGCAGACAGAUUAUUACAAAGUGAACGAAGAGUAAAAAGAGCAGUAGGCAACGUGGCGUUUUCAGCAUACAUGACGCACACAAACUUUCAUACGAUAGUUGGACAAGCGUUUAAAUUUGACCAAGUUUUACUCAAUGACGGAAUCGGCUAUAGCAAAAGCACGGGGAAAUUCACAGUACCUCUAACUGGAGUUUAUCUCUUCGCUUUCCACAUCGACGCAAGAAAUUUGAUGUUUGUUAGACUGGUUGUGAACGGAGUGAAUCAAGUCGAUGCCGUAGCGAACGCACACACCAACACGGACAGUCGUCGUUCAUAUUCAAUGGGUGGAAAUACCGCCAUUAUUCACGUGCGUCACGGUCAAGCGGUAUGGGUGGAGACGUACGAAAUUCAGGAUGGUAUAACGGCAUCAAGUAAUACAUUUAGAAUUUGCACGUUUUCUGGAGUACUCCUGUAUUAACAACAACGAUUCCGGCGCAUUUCAGCUAUGUUUGAAAAUGGUUGUAAAAUCCAAGCCUUCUGAUUAAAUAAAUUGAAUAUAUUCGUGCGCUAUAAUCUAUGUUAUAUGAUUGCUUGUUUUCAGACCAAUGUCAUUUUGAUAAUAUGGCGACAAUCCGUGGAUGAUAACCUAACGUGCCGAGGUAGAACUGUGCGAACGAAAUAUAGGACAAGAGAGAUGAUGAUAAUUUUCAUGUGAUCAAAAUUUUGCAACAUCUUAUAACGCUUACUUUUAAGGGCUCCACGAUUUGCCAUAUGAUUGCCCUUGUUUGCUUCUGUAAGCUAUGGUUUUACCAUGCAAUUUUACCUAUGAUAGUUGUUAGUUAUGUUUAACUUAAUGGAUUCACCUUGCGGAAAGUCUUGUAGUUGAGU